AUGCCCGGUAUGCUUCUUUUUUUAAGUAAUUUUAGUUUUAGGAAUGGCUUCUUUAGUUAGUAGGAAAACGAUUUUAUUGUGAUUAUAGGGCUUUAGGAUGCCGAAGAUAACUUUUUAGGUUAAAAGUAAACUAUUAAAUUAACUAUUUCGCAUCAAAAAUUUUUGGAAUUUCUUUUUUUCUUUAUUAAAAAGCCAUAGGAGUCGAAUUUUUUUGAGUCAGAAAAAAAUUUUUUUAUUCGUUUUUUUAGAGCUUUCAUUACUUUCGAAACUCUUCUUAAAAGGCUCUAAGUAUUUUUUCGGAAGUUUCCAUUUAAACAUGGAAAUAAAUAAAUUUUUUAUGUCGACAAAAAGCUGGACUUUUGUCUGGUCACCCGAUGUUACACCUCUUUUUUUCGAUUCCGAAAGUUCAGUCCAGAGGAACGUAUAGAACGGACAUUUGUUCUUUACACAAAAUGACUGCGAGAGGCCAAUUUUUCAAUCCUGAUCUUUUUCCUUAGUGGCUGACAUAAAAAACCAUCAUUUUCUCUCAUUCCCUUCGCUUUGGUUGCUUCGAACUGAAGUUAAGUUCGGUUUUUCUAACAUUUCAUUCGUUCAGGUAUGGCGACUUCCCUUCGUUCCCAGUUCGCGAUGGACAAGAGCGUGACGAGCCGCUUCUGGCAGCUCGACCAGCGCGGAAAGGUCCAAGCCAAGUACAUCUGGAUCGACGGAACCGGCGAGCACAUUCGCUCCAAGACCCGUACUCUUGACUUCGAGCCGAAAGAUCCGUCUGGUAAGCCUUCGAUUGAUAAUCGUGAUGAUAAUAAGUUAUAGUGUAGUUUUUGGAAGGUUUUAAUGAUAAGGAUCCACUGAAAAAAAUGAAUAAUUUUUUUCAAUUCAUGGAAGCGAUUCAAACAAUUUUAGAUAUAUAAAAAAACGAAAUUUGAAAAAAAAAAAAUAUUUUCGUUUUCAUAAACCAAUUUUUUUAAAUGAUGUUUUCUUGAUUCAAAAAUUUGAAAUCAAACAAAUUCACUUGAAAAAUCAAACUUUUUUCAAUCAGUUAACGUUUUGAAAAUGUUAAAACCUGUUUAAGCUCAUUGGGAUUUGUAAAAUUCCUCAUUUUCAAGAAAAAUUUGAUCAUUUUCCUUCUUUCCAGAGCUCCCAAUCUGGAACUUCGACGGCUCUUCGACCGGUCAGGCCGAGGGCGCCGACUCGGACGUCUACCUCAAGCCUGUGGCCAUCUUCCCCGACCCGUUCCGGCUCGGCAAGAACAAGCUCGUCAUGUGCGAGACCCUCGACAACAAGAAGCAGCCAACUGGUUCGACCUUUCUCAUUUCGAGAAAAUCGAAAGCCUUAUCUUGAGUUUUUAAGCUGAAAGGUCUAUAAUUGGCAUGGAUGGGCGGCUUAUCAUACAGAGUCGAGGGCCGGGAAUAAUCUGUUGACAGAACUGAUUUUACUCUCCUAGGGCCUCCUUUGUAACGAAGGAAUUUGCCAACUUGUCUGUGGUUCUUCAAAACCAAAAAAAUGGAGAACUAAAAAAAUUCCGCGAAGCGCAUUUCAUUACCAAUAUUUUUCAAGAUAGCUUGGCUAUUUAUAUUCAAUUUUCAAGAAGCGAAAAAUUUUUGGAAAAAUUCGAUUUCCUUCCUUUGAAGCACUGAAUAAAUUUUUCGAUAUCGAGAAAAAAAUUUCUAAUAAAAAAAUGCUUUGAAUAUUUUAUGGUUCUUCAAAAAUAGAGAAAAAAAAUUUCAUAUUUUUUUAUUCGAAGCGAUUUUCAAUAUUUUUCAAGGAUUUUUGAAUAUUUCGUGAAAAACGAAACUUGAAGUGUUCUAUUUUUGGAGAAAAAAAUUCCCAAAAAAAAACCGUAAAAAAAUUCUCGCCUUGAAUGUUUGAUCGAUCACCAGAUGUUGAUGUUUAUUGCAAAUUCCCGUUUUUCUUUUUUUGAAAACGUGUGAACGGCGGAAAAUUGUCUGUUCAACAAUAAACAGGUCGAAAGAUUAGAUUUCGGGGGGCCGAUAAAUAUGUUUCUCUCAAACAACCAAGAGAUCAUAGUUGGAAAAUAUGAAAGAAUAUUUUGGAUUUCGAAAAGAUAUUAGUGUUAAUUUAUAUUAGAUUCUAGCGGGAGAACAAAAUAUUUUAUUAAUGAAAAAUUCAGAAUUCAAUAUGACAGCGAUUUUUUUCAUAUGAACUGAGCUAUAAGGAAAUAAAAUAAUUAUUCCAAAAAAAUCAGAAUUUAAAAAUGAAGUUUUUUUGGUCUGCUUAUUUUUAAUUUUGGUCUGCCUAUUUAGAAGCAACAACGUUCUUUUUUCCAAGCAGAUUUAAAAGAAUUCAUCAAUCAAUAGGAAAUAAAUCUCAAAAAUAAUCAUCAAACUGAAAAAUCAACGAAAUCAAUAAAUAUCAUCAUUUCAGCCACCAACAACCGCCACCGUUGCGUGCAGGUGAUGGAGAAGGCCGCUUCUCACCACCCAUGGUUCGGCAUGGAGCAGGAGUACACCCUGCUCGACAUUGACGGACAUCCGUUCGGCUGGCCCAAGAACGGCUUCCCGGGACCCCAGGGACCUUACUACUGCGGUGUUGGCGCCAACAAGGUCUACGGCCGCGACAUCGUCGAGGCUCACUACCGCGCCUGCCUCUACGCCGGCAUCCAGAUCUCCGGCACCAACGCCGAAGUCAUGCCCGGACAGUGGGAAUUCCAGGUAGCGAUUUCGCGCUUUGAUUUGGAUGAUUAAUUAACUAGAGCUCAAAUUUAUAAAUUUUUAGGCUACUUUUUCAGGUAACAGUGGGAUUUUUGAUAGCUACUAGGUUCAAUUGAACUAUUAAUUUUUUUGAGAUUUCAAAUAUGUGCUUGAAAAUGGUUACCGAGCCUAGUUUAGAAUUUUAUGAUAGCUCAAAGUUGAAAAAAAAAAUCCUGAGCCAAGAUAUAAUUUUUGGAGUUUUCUCACGUGAUUAAGACUUUAGCCUGUACUCUUCAGGCUAGUUUUUUUUUUUGAAAAUUCGAGCGUCCGAAAAUUUGUUCAAAAACCUUCUUGACUCUUUUUGAGCUCAGAUUUGGAAUCGCCGCGAAAAACUGCGCUUAGAGCCGACCUAGUCUUGUCAAGAAGUCUCAUUGUGAACUAAUAUCAUUCCGUUUUCAAGUUAAAAACUCAAAAUCGUAUCACUCAAGGACGAAUUCAGGUCGGACCAUGCGAAGGAAUCUCGAUGGGUGACCAACUGUGGGUGGCUCGAUUCCUGCUCCACCGCGUCGCUGAGGAGUUCGGCGUGAUCGCCACCCUCGACUGCAAGCCGAUCAAGGGAGACUGGAACGGCGCCGGAUGCCACACCAACUUCUCCACCGAGAAGAUGCGUUCGCCUGGUGGCAUUAGGUGAGUAUUUCAGUCUUUCGAAGGGUUUUUAGUGAUUCUGAAAGUCCGAAAGGUCGUUUAUAGGCCUAGGAUAACCUAGAAAGCAUGAUGGAUAUGAGAAAAGAAGACUUGAAUGAGUAAAAGAGUAGUAAACUCUUCGCAUGUUCCUAAAAGUCAGAAUAAAAGCGCAGUUUUUUUUUUCGCUUCAAGACGCUCCAAAAAGGGUCUUCAAGUGAAGUUUUUAUAAGCCAUUCCGCGCUAGCUUGUCACGUUUUUCUUUCCGCCAAAAGGCCAGGUCAAAUUUAACCAACUUUCGCUUCAAGACCUUUGUUUCUUGCCGUUAUAAAAGCAGAAAUUCGAUCUAAUUCGGUAUACGGUCUUUUUGGCGGAAAGAAAAACGUGGCACGCUGGCGCGGAAUAGGCUAUACGAAAGAAUGAAGUCCCUCAGAAUGAAAUUCGUUUAAAUGCUCACUUUUCAGCGAGAUCCUCUCCGCCAUCAACAAGCUCUCGCUGGUCCACGCCCAGCACAUCGCCUACUACGAUCCCCACGGUGGAAAGGACAACGAGCGUCGUCUUACUGGUUAGUUGUCGAACAAAAUCUCUUAACUUUUUUGAAAUGAAUUGAAAAUAACAAUUUGAUACUUCCAGGACUCCACGAGACUGCCAAGAUCGACCAGUUCUCAUAUGGCGUCGCCUCGCGUGCUUCUUCCAUCCGUAUUCCUCGCCAGACUGAUGAUGAGGGCUUCGUGAGUUUUGAAUCACGUUUCGAAAAAAUUCCGAACUAAAAGUUUCUUUUCCAUUUUCAAGCUUUGAUCUAUCUUUUUCGAGCUUGGGACUGCCAGUGUUUGAUUGGGGACUGCCAGUUUUAGACUUGGGACUGCCAAUUUCAAGUUUGAAAUUGCUGUUUUUCCAUUUGAAAAAUCGGUAUUCCAGUUUUGAGUUGGGACUGCCAAUUUCCUAUUUGGGACUGCCACUUUUAGACUUGGGACUUGCAAUUUUCAGCUUUUAGGUCUACUUACUUGAGUCAGAAUAUUUGCCAACGAAGUUAAAAUGAAAAUUUACCUCAUAUCCUAUUCCUGAAACAUUUUUUUAUAAAAUAAAAAAAAACGAAUAUCAAUUCUUCAAAUUUUCCAGGGCUACUUCGAAGACCGUCGGCCAUCCUCCAACUGCGAUCCUUACACUGUCACUGCUGCUCUGGUCCGAACCGUGUGUCUGGAAGGCGCCGAACGCAAAUUGUCGAUGAUGUACGUGCCCAGCUCUGGAUUCCAGGCUCCACCAUCCGCCCAUUAA